GGUUCAGGACCUUUAACUGUACUCUAACUAUAAUCUGGGUACCCAGGUGUCGCAUUAAAGGAUGAGUCAGAUACAUAGACAUAUUCAUCUGUGGUUUCAAGGUACAAAUGUACACACCAUCACUGAUCAGCCAGUACCUUUCACCAUGCAUCAAUGUGUUUAGUCUUGUCAAUGUGUAUUGUCUGCCUGUGGUUUUGUGUGUGCAGGAGCAGCAGAGGGCAGCAGUGCAGCUCAAACAGGCUGAAGCAGAGCUGAGCAGACUGAGGAGGAGCCUAGAGGAGAGGGAGAAAGCACACACUCAGUGCACUGCAGAGGGGCAGCUCCAAGCCUCGCACUGGGCCCUGGAGCUCCUCACUGAGGUCAGCCAGCUGCAGGGACUGCUCCAAAACAACAGCAGCAAAACAGGAUUCCAGCAUAACCCCAGUCCCACGGUGGAGGAGGCACUGUCCGCCCUCAGGUCAGUGCGAGAGCAGGUCCAGAGCUUCACUCAGAAGAUACAAGAGGAGCUACUUUCACUCAAGAGCUCAACUGAGAAGAUGCAUUCAGAAAAGGAGCGAGAGCUGAGUGUCCAGAGACAGCAGCUGAGGAGGGAGAGGGACCACGCGCUGGAUGCCCUGAAGGAACGCCUCAUUCAGGAGCACAUUGAGGAGCUGAGCAGUUUGCAGAGGGAGGGGCCCUCACAGGAGGUCUUAGCCUAUCUGAGGAGCCAGCUCAGGGCCAAGGACUCUGAGCUGAAGCAGGUCCAGAGGAGCAUGGUCCAGUGGAAGGAGCUCACUGCCCACAGGAUGGCCUGCAAGUUUGAGGAGGAGCUAAGCACUGAGCUGGAGAGACAUGUGUUAAAGGCCCCUGAACAGCUGAAAGGUCCUGUGACACCCAAAGAAGAGCAGAGUUCAGAGGAGAAGGCCUGUCCCCUGUCUUCUGUCUGCUCUGUGCUGGACUGCUCCUCAGACACAGCAUCUCUCAAGCUCCUGCUCCACCUCCAGACCAGGGUCAAACAGCUGCGCGUGGACAACCAGAACUACAGCGCCACCCACGGCCCCAGAGACCACACUGCACCUCUGCACUGCUGUACCGAGGAGGCACCCAGAGACAAGCACCAGUGCUCUUAA